AUGCCCGAGAUUUGGGGGGGUCUGGAUCACUCGUGGAAUGAGGAAUUUUACCAAGUUCAUUGGCUUCGGGCAAAGGCACUACAGGAUCGAUGGAAGGAAGAACUGAUAUUGGUGGAAUUGGAGAUGGAUUGGACAUGUAAUUUCUUCUUGUUGAAAUCAAACGCAAUGGGGCGACUGGAUGAGGGAAUCAUUGGUGAAACACCUUCUGGGUCAUGCUUGCUACUCUGGAAGGCAAUCCCAAUGUAUUCAUUACUGGCGCAGGAUGCUCAGGCAGCGUUUCAAGACCUGCAGAGCAUGUUAAUAGAUGCCCGAGAUGAAUGA